AACUAAAAAAAAGGAUUACCGAGACGGGAGAACUGAAAAGCAACAAUUUAUAUGUUAAUGUUCUGCGAAGUGGGAAUGCUAAAUUGUGCUAUAAAGUUUUUAGUAUAGUUAGCUAUAAAGUUUAUUUUCAUAAGAAACAAUCAUGAAUGAUCCGGAAUUGGAAAAAAUACGACAGCAGCGACUUGCAGAACUACAAGCUAAUCAUGGGGGGGGAGAUCCAAAACAGGCAAAAGCGCAACAGGAGCGGAUGCAAGCUAUGCAGGAGGCCAAACAUACAAUACUUACACAAGCCCUUAGUCAGGAUGCCAGAGCUCGAUUGAACACAAUAAAACUAAGUAAACCAGAAAAGGGGGAAAUGGUCGAAAAUAUGAUCUGCAGAAUGGCCCAGAUGGGACAAGUGAACACAAGAAUAUCUGAACAGGAGCUUAUACAACUCUUAGAGUCUGUUAAUCAGCAGAUGCCCAGAUCAACAAGCACAGUGAAAUUUGACAGGAGAAGAGCUGCUCUGGAUUCAGAUGACGAUCUUUAGUACCUAAUGAUAACCAAGUCAAUUUAACUAGACUAAUUCUUAAUAAUGUUUGUUUAUACUCAUCUAUAUUAUAUCUUUACUUUAAGCUUCUGCUAGGUAAGAUGAGUGAAGGAAUUAAAAUUUGAUAUCAGAUUUGAAAGCAAACAAAAGCAAAAUAUAAAUUUUGUUUCAUGCAUUAAUACAUAUCUAUAACACUUAUUUAUUGUUACUGCUCUAUAUCUACUAAGCCUGGCUGUAAAUUCUGUUGCAAAUAAAAAUAGGCAAUUACAUUUUUAAUGAGGAAAUGAAUUCAUGUUGUCAGUUAAUUGAAAAGUAAAGUUAUUUAAAAGAACACAAUUUACAGUACAAGCAUUUGAAGUUUUUGAUUUCAUUCAAAUGCCUUUUUUUAGUACCAUAUUUACAUGUGUCAUAUAAAUUUUAAAGGUAUUUUCUGGAGGAUCUAGGAGGUGUAUUAUUGUAUUGAGGCAAGAAGUGUCCUUAUUUUUUCUACAUAAAUAAAUAUUACAAGCACAGAUUUUUAUAAAAAAUAGACUUAAUAAAGGAAAAUAAUUGUUUUA